AUGGUCUAUUCCUACUAUCAUGUUUUCAUGACGGUGCGUUCUGUGUCCCGUGGUGGGGUUUGGGAUAUGAACAGCAGGGUGGCACGCAAAAAUCUGAAGAUCGAGAGGAAGAUGGCAAAAACCAUUGGUCUCAUGGUUUGUGCCUUCUUGCUGUCGUGGAGUCCAUACGCCGUUGUUUCUCUGUGGGCGGCGUUCGGCAACCCGGAUGACAUUUCCGUACUUGCCGGGGUCCUACCAGCUGUACUGGCCAAGUCGGCCAUUAUCUGGAAUCCCAUUAUCUAUGUGGCCACCAACAAGCAAUUCCGUCACGGUUUCUUUGCCAUUAUUCCGUGUUCCGGCCUGAAGGAAGCAUUGAUGAAGAAAGAACAGCAGCUGGAGAAAGAUGACAGUGACGAGGGCGAUGAUGGAGCUACGGUCGCGGGGCCAAAUGCCACUCAUAUCCAGGUACAGCCGGCAAACGCUGUAGCCCCUACUGGCGCUGAGGCGGAGACAUUCGGCAGAUCGGAAACCGUGGUUGAAGACCUCGAUCUGGGAGACGACAAAACCAAGGUGAAGACGGUCGAAGUCAAACCAAAAACGGAAACGGAAAUGUGA